CACCCACUACUCAGCCCCUCGACUCUCCAACACCCUCCCCUGCCUGCUACAUUCUUACCAGUUACAACUCACUACCUCCGUCCGUCCGUACCUCCGUGUGAUUCAUCGACAAUGCUCCAAAGCUCUCUCGCUCCUCCUUCUCAUCUUCACUGCACCAAUCUCUAUUCCGUUCCUUCCCUCCCUCCUCUCUGCUCCCUCCCUCUCUCCUUUUCUUCUUCCUCCAUCUCUUUCGGUCGUCGACGUUGCCGCCGCUUGUCAUUCGGAGUUCAUGUAGACACCCAUUUCAGCAUCAACCCCGAGCCCAAGGGAUUAAGAGUCAGUUGUGCGAUAAGCGAGCCCUUGAAGGUAAUGAUAUCGGGGGCACCGGCUUCAGGUAAAGGGACGCAGUGUGAGAUGAUUGUUCAGAAGUUUGGGUUGGUGCACAUAUCCACUGGUGAUCUCCUAAGAUCAGAGGUCUCAUCUGGGUCAGAAAUUGGAAACAAAGCAAAAGAGUACAUGGAUACAGGUCGUCUGGUUCCAGAUGAAGUUGUGAUAAUGAUGGUGACAACACGAAUAUCACAAGAAGAUGCAAAAGAGAAAGGGUGGCUUUUGGAUGGGUUUCCACGAACUUUUGCUCAGGCACAAAGCCUUGAGAAGUUGAAGAUUAGACCGGAUGUCUAUAUAGUACUAGAUGUUCCUGAUCAAAUUCUAAUCGACAGAUGUGUUGGUAGACGGGUGGACCCAGUAACAGGGAAGAUUUAUCAUUUAAAAUUUUUCCCUCCAGAGAAUGAGGAAAUUAAAGCAAGACUUGUAACUCGUUCUGAUGAUACUGAGGAAAAAGUGAAAUCGCGUCUGGAAAUAUAUAAGAAAAAUGCAGAAGCAAUCUUAUCAACAUACUCCACCAUAAUGAAUAAGGUGGAUGGAAACCAUUCAAAAGAUGAGGUUUUCAAAGCUAUAGACUCUUUGUUGUCCAAAGUGCAGAAAGACAAAGAAAACAUGAUGAAACUAGAAAAAUCAAUUCGUGCAAGUGAACGUCUUUCAAAUCUGGCCUCUUCAAGCCAGGAAAACUGGAGGGGAAUUCCUACAAGAUUGAAUAACAUUCCUCAUUCUAGGGAAAUCAGGACAUAUUUCUAUGAUGAUGUUCUGCAGGCCACACAAAGAGCUGUAAAUGAUGGGAGAACUCGAUUAAAGGUGGAGAUCAAUAUUCCAGAACUGAACCCAGAAAUGGAUGUUUAUCGAAUAGGUACACUGAUGGAACUUGUUCGAGUCCUUGCUCUAUCAUUCGCUGAUGAUGGAAAACAUGUUAAGGUUUGUGUUCAAGGUUCAAUGGGAGAAGGUGCACUUGCUGGAAUGCCAUUGCAGCUGGCUGGAACUCGGAAGAUCUUGGAGUUCAUGGACUGGGGUGACUAUGGUGCCAAGGGAACCUUUAUCAACAUUGGUUCUAUAGGUUCUAAAGAGGUUGAAGAGCAAGAUGACUUGUUUAUUCUAGUGGCUCCUCAAAAUGCUGUUGGGAAUUGUAUUAUUGAUGAUCUAAAAGCUAUGACCGAUGCUGCUGGUAACCGUCCAGUCAUUCUUGUCAAUCCUAGGCUCAAGGAUUUACCUGGUUCCAGUGGUAUUAUGCAAACAAUGGGCCGGGACAAGAGAUUGGAAUAUGCUGCGUCAUUUGAAAAUUGCUAUUUCUUUCGGCUUCUAUAUUACGCAGGAACUCAAUACCCAAUUAUGGGUGCUAUCAGGAUGUCUUAUCCAUACCGUUAUGAAUUAUACAAGAGGGUAGAUGAAUCAUUUGGAAAGGAGAAGUAUAUCAUCCUCACAACGUCUAGUGAACGGCCAAACAUCGAUGAAAUCAAUGACGCAUUCAUAGGAAAACCAAGGUCUGAAGCCAAGAAGGCCACAGGAUUCUGGGGCUUCUUGAGUGGUAUACUUUGAGUAGAAAGGAGAGUAUGUUGAUACGCAUCAGAUGGAGGUUUCAAUAUUAGAAAGUAUGUAAAGGUAAAUAUUAUGUUAUCAUACUGCCCAUUUUGAUGAGCCUGAAUUGCACUCCUCCAGAUGAAUCCAGAAGGAAAGUGUUUAUUCCCUUCAACUAUUUUUUUUCCUCCCCAGGAUAUAUUCUAUUCAAUACAUGACAGAUUUAAUUCCCAUUGA